ACCUGAGAUCUUCUCUGGAAAAUCAUUAUUUUAGUAUUUUUGGGGUUUACUGCCAGGGCCCAGGUAAUAUUUUCCGAUUUUUAUUACCACGCUGCUCACCUCCAUUUGGACACUCCUCCCCUCCAUUUGGACACUCCUCCCCUCCAUUUGGACACUCCUCCCCUCCAUUUGGACACUCCUCACCUCCAUUUGGACACUCCUCCCCUCCAUUUGGACACUCCUCCCCUCCAUUUGGACACUCCUCCCCUCCGUUUGGUCAACAAAACCAAAACAAUACCAAAGGCGCUUGGGUGAGCAGUGGUGCUGUUUCUCCUAAUGCAGAUUCCAGCUUUAAGUUCAGCCUCUAAUGCAGAUUCCAUCUUUAAGUUCAGCCUCAGUCCAUUUAUUAGAGAAGUCAACCACAUCCCCCUCAAAUGAAUGUCAUUCCCUCCACAAAUGGAACUGUCAGGUAUAGUGACACAUUGAAUGCAUCUUUCUUCAGCCUUGUAGACAAGCACACAGCUAAUAAUCAAGUUUAUUAGGCCUGUAUAUAUUAAAUAGACGUGUAUGCCUUCACUUAAAUCAUCCAAUCAUGUUAGCUAGCUAAACAAUGAACCACAAUCCCAACUACCCUGCAUGAAUCUGCAGGUAGCUAACCAACCAGGUUCAAUGUUAGCUAGCUAACAUUAGGCUAUAACUAGCAAAGCAAAUGGCUCUGAGAUACGAAUAAUAUUUCUACACAGAUCAUACACGUAACGUUAGCUAGCGAGCCUGCCCAGCUAACGUUAGCUAGCUAGCUAACAGUACACUUUAACUUGAAAUGAAAAUGACUUUCUGACAAAAUGUGAAACGUGUAAUAUCUGAAAAUGUAGCUAGCUCGACUAUCUCACCCGUAUACAUGGAUGGACGCUUAUCCCUCUCUGUCACGGAUAGCAUGGUUGCCCUUAGUUUGAAGAUGUAAUCCGGAGACGGGUGUUUUCUCCAUCUCCUUAGCUAUCAUACUCUAAUUCCACUGAUUUCAAAACUCGAUCUCUCGGCAUGUCCAGCCCACUCAUUAUCUUAGCCAAUCAUGGCUAGCGGGAAGGUUGCUGUCUUUUUUCUGUGGCUUAACCAACUAGGCUUGUAAUUUAACAAUUGAAUUCGUAUUUACAGAUGACAUACAAGUUGUUAUUAAGGCACAUGAAAGUUGACAUGUUCCAGAAGGCAUUACGUUCAAAUGCCUCUCCUGUGAAGUAGUGAUGCGCGACAUACGCCUAGUUUCCUGAAACCAGUCACAUAUGCGUUACUUCAAUCGAGCAUCGAGGACCAGCAGUGAACAGUUUUUUCCUUAACAAAAAAGCUUGACGCAAGGGGGGCCUCGAACCAACGAUUACUGUACCCCGCAGAUUCACAGUUAACUGGUGUAUGCCACCUGGCAGCAAUGGUGAUGGAGGUACAUGACAGCUAUUUGACAAGACCAUAAGGCUCUUUGACUUUUUUUUAAACGAUAAACUUCGAUGUCGUAUAGACCUCUUUUAAUCAUUUUCCUGUAAAACACAUGGAUGAAAUGGAUAAACAAAAAAACACAGGAUUUUGUCACAUAUACGAAAACAUGCCUCUUGAAUUUUACAUUUACAUUUUACAUUUUAGCCAUUUAGCAGACGCUCUUAUCCAGAGCGACUUACAGUUAGUGAAUACAUAUUUUUUUAUAUAUACUGGCCCCCCCGUGGGAAUCGAACCCACAACCCUGGCGUUGCAAACGCCAUGCUCUAUCAACUGAACUACCUCCCUGCCGGCCAUUCCCUCCCCUACCCUGGACGACGCUGGGCCAAUUGUGCGCCGCCCCAUGAGUCUCCCGGUCGCGGCCGGCUGCGACAGGAGUUUUUGCCUAACGUUAGCAGCUAACCUAGUCAAGGAUGCAUCAUGCAAUAAUUGGCCAAGUUGAUCUAUUUUAAGACAUACCAUUGGUUGGUGGAUAUAAAGUCUUAAGAUCUUUGAUUGGCCGAUGCGGAAUUUGUUGCAAGAAGUAACCACUGCCAGCUAAAUGUGCCAUGUUUUCCAAUGGGAACAGCUAACAUGUAGAGUUUUUAAUCACGUGCAACUACGUCAACGAUUUUAAUUGGCUGAUGUGUGUAUUCAACCCAGCUUAUAGAGGUGUAGGUACAGGAUUUCCCAUUGGGUUUGUGUGCACAAUAAAGGUUGUGAGUUCUGAGAAAUGGUUGCUAAUUCCCUCAAGGCUUGUAACAGUGCAAGCCUACAAGGAUUUAUGACUUGUUUGGACCAAUAACCCAGUGUAGUGUUUGAAUGCCAUACCUCCAAUCCGCCUUAACCUUUCACCUCUUUAUGUAUUGUGAAACCUGUGUUUUCAGCCCUGUAAUGAGUUGUUACUGUAAGCCUGUGUUCCCUGUGUUCCCUGUGGACUUGCAACACGCUUCGUCUGUUUAGAAUGAUAGCCUGUGUUGUGUUCAGGCCUUGUAUUGCAUCCCUGUCAAACCGCUUACAUAACAGCACACAACAUUGUGUGUGUGUGUGUGUGUGUGUGUGUGUGUGUGUGUGUGUGUGUCAGCGCUGUAGAAACCACCCAACUUCUUAAGUGCGUCAUUUGGUCCCUGACAGCUACAGUCAACGUCGACACAUGUUUCUAACGCAUUCACCACAGACUUAUUUUAGACCUUUUAACAACAACAACGUUUUUUUAAACACUUUGUCAUCAAAUAUCCAGUAUGUGUCUGGUCUCUAGCUAAUUCAAUGUUUUUCUCAGAUGGUAACGUUGUAUUAGAGAUAUCUAUUGGCUAGUUACUUUACAGUACAAAUACCGCAACACUCUAAAGAAACCAGUAAUGGUGGAAACAACUUAAAUCGAACUGCUUCACAAAGAACAUGGCAUCUCAUUAGAUACUGCACUGUAUUCCAAACUCAUAUCAUUUCAUACUGCACGGUAUUCAGAACCCCAAUCAUACUGCCCUGUAUUCAGAACCCAUAUAAAAUCAUACUGCACUCUAUUCCAAACCCAUAUCAUAUCAUACUGCACUGUAUUCAGAACCCCAAUCAUACUGCACUGUAUUCAGAACCCAUAUCAUACUGCACUGUAUUCAGAACCCAUUUCAUACUGCACUGUAUUCAGAACCCAUAUCAUAUCAUGGAAUACAGUGCAGUAUGAUAUGAUAUGGGUUUGGAAUACAGUGCAGUAUGAUAGGAUAUGGGUUCUGAAUACAGUGCAGUAUGAUAUGAUAUGGGUUUGGAAUGCAGUGCAGUAUGAUAUGAGUUUGGAAUACAGUGCAGUAUGAUAUGAUAUGGGUUUGGAAUACAGUGCAGUAUGAUGUGAUAUGGGUUUGGAAUACAGUGCAGUUAUAGAUAUGGGUUUGGAUAAGAUAUGGGUUUGGUUUGGAAUACAGUGCAGUAUGAUAUGGGUUUGGAAUACAGUGCAGUAUGAUAUGAUAUGGGUUUGGAAUACAGUGCAGUAUGAUAUGAUAUGGGUUUGGAAUACAGUGCAGUAUGAUAUGGGUUCUGAAUACAGUGCAGUAUGAUAUGGGUUUGGAAUACAGUGCAGUAUGAUAUGGGUUUGGAAUACAGUGCAGUAUGAUAUGAUAUGGGUUUGGAAUACAGUGCAGUAUGAUAUGAUAUGGGUUUGGAAUAUAGUGCAGUAUGAUAUGAUAUGGGUUUGGAAUACAGUGCAGUAUGAUAUGAUAUGGGUUUGGAAUACAGUGCAGUAUGAUAUGAUAUGGGUUUGGAAUACUGGCUGGCAGGCAACUACCCGUGUGUCUGGCAUCUGAAGCAGUCCCACUGAAACAUGUAUUUGUUCCUCUAGAUGAAUUGUGUUUUUUUUUCAUCCUUGCUUUUGCAAAUAACUGGAAUAAUGUCAUCAUCUCUGAAUCUUUUCUACUGGUUUGAUUGCUUCAUCCCAUUGAGUGUUUAAACCCCAAACAAAAUCUCUAAGCCACUAGUUUGUUAACCCUCUCAUACCUUUGAGCAGCAACACUGUACUGUAGAAAUCCACUAUAGGCUUUCCACACACCUGCACUGACACCUGGUGGCUGCUCCCUGUUACUACAGUCUAGAGCCCCAGAUAUACGGUGCGUUCGGAAAGCAUUCAGACCCCUUGACUUUUUCGACAUUUUGUUGCCCUGGUGAACUGUGGUGGGUUUGAUGUUGACAGGAGACAGAUCCUGACUCUCUGUUUCCCCUCUCCCUCUCUCUGUGUCUCUGUGUCUCUGUGUCUCUCUCUCUCUCUCUCUCUCUCUCUCUCUCUCUCUCUCUCUAUCUCUCUCUCUCUCUCUCUCUCUCUCUCUCUCCUCGUCUCUCUCUCUCUCUCUCUCCUCUCUCUCUCUCUCUCUCUCUCUCUCUCUCUCUCUCUCUCUCUCUCUCUCCUUCUCUCUCUCUCUCUCUCUCUCCUCUCUCUCUCUCGAUCUCUCUCUCUCUCUCUCUCUCUCUCUCUCUCUCUCUCUCUCUCUUCCCUCUCUCCAGCUCAAAUUGAAAUCAUUCCUUGCAAGAUAUGUGGAGAUAAGUCGUCAGGUAUCCACUACGGCGUGAUCACCUGCGAAGGCUGCAAGGUAAGAAGAAACAUGCGUUUUUUGAUGUCACUUCCUGCUGGGGUUGCCAUGGAGAUGGGACUCGACAAUGACAGUUGGUUUCUCCUCUCCCUCUGACUCAGAGACAGUUGAAAGAAUUGCUUUUAGAAAACUCUAAAGUCAAGUUAUUCCGUGGGAAACUUCAAAGUUAUGAAAAAAAAGACAGCCAGUUUCUGUGUUUUUAUUUAAUCAUGUCAUGCAUUAUACUUCCAUUGAGAAUGGGGGAAACUAUAAUACUAUUUUUAACCACCUCCAUUCAAGCAAAAAAUCAAUAAAAAAUCAGAGGAAAUUUGAAAGGUUGCUUUACACAAAGUGAAACUAAGAAACUACAUUGAGUUGUGUUAAGUCAUUUUUAACACUACUUUAAUUCUACUGUAAUUACUAUCUAUAUUGGUAUGUUUCACAUCUUGAAACUGUUUCCACUUAGCUCUCUCUCUUUUACAUCGUUCGGUAAUGUCAUCCCUCUCCUCUCAGUAAAACAGUGAUUAUUAUUCAAUCAAAUGUAUUUACAAAGACCUUUUUACAUCAGCAGAUGUCACAAAGUGCUAUACAGAAACCCAGCCUAAAACCCCAAACAGCAAGCAAUGCAGAUGUAGAAGCAUGGUGGCUGUUCAACUGACAACCCUUAUCGCCUGUCCUGGGGAAACGGUCUCCUAUCAGCCGCAAAACCAGGCUCUAUCUCAAACUGGCCUUCAGUCUCUCUCUUUCUCUCUCUCUCUCUCUCUCUCUCUCUCUCUCUCUCUCUCUCUCUCUCUCUCUCUCUCUCUCUCUGUGUCUCUCUCUCUCUCUCUGUGUCUCUCUCUGCUCUCUCUCUCUCUCUCUCUCUCUCUCUCUCUCUCUCUCUCUCUCUCUCUCUCUCUCUGUCUCUCUCUCUCUCUCAUUACUGCUAAUUAACUGAGGCAGAGAGGCAUUUAAUGUGUUUUGUAGUAAGAACAGGAGUCUAGAGUAGAUCAUGAAUCAGACUGUAUUGGUGGAGAAGAGAGAACAGCACUGAGGCAGAUGGUGUCUGAUGUCUAGUCAUUAAACAGUAAAUGAACAGCUUAUGAAGACAUCUGUGUGGAACUGUAGAUCUGGGUCUUUAAAUGAUCCGCUGGAGGGAUUUCACAUAAUAUUUGAUUGAUAUAAGAUUAGGCUAAGUGUUACUAGUCUGUGGUGUCAGGACAUGUAUUGUACCAUCUCUUAAGCCAUCUCUUUUGACAGCACUAUAGCCAUCUCUUUUGACAGCACUAACCUCACCCUUAGCUGAGGGGCUUUUUAACUAUUGUUUGACUCUCAUUUUGAUACCGAACUCCCCAGUCACCCCUCCAUACAUCCACUCACUCCAUAUAUCUCUCACCUCCCUCCACGCCCUCCCAUCUCUCUCUCCUCCCUCCCUCCCUCCCUCCCUCCCUCCCUCCCUCCAGGGUUUCUUCAGGAGGAGCCAGCAGAGUAAUGCAGGGUACUCCUGCCCUCGUCAGAAUAACUGUUUGAUUGACAGGACCAGCAGAAACCGCUGCCAACACUGUAGACUGCAGAAAUGCCUGACCGUAGGCAUGUCACGGGACGGUAUGUAUAGCAGGGUUGGGGUCAAUUCCAAUUUCAUUUGAAAUUCCAUUUCAAUUCUUGAAUUCACUCAUGAAGUGAAGAAUUUAUGAUGAAUUCAAUUCAAAUGUCAACGGUCUUCAUGUUAUGGAAUUGGAAUUGAAUUGGAAUUACACUGUUUGGAUUUUCUGAAUUGGAAUUGAAUUGGAAUUGUAAAACAUGUAAUCUUUGUAAUCAAAUUUAAUUAGAAUUCAGUAUGUUUACAUUUCCCAGUUAAUGGAAUUAAUGCACAUAGUAUCAAACAUUGACUGCAGGAUUUGUUUGAAAUCAUUUAAACAUGUAUUUCUAUAUUUCCAGUAUAGCUAGGCUGUCUAAACAGUGGCAUGAUCAGCCCGAAAGCCUGAGGGAAUUGAAUUCAAAUUGAAAUUUGUGGAAUUGUUGUGGAUAAUAUUGAAUUGGGAAUUGAAUUCUUGGAAUUUACCUAAUAUUGGAAUUGAGAGGAAUUUAAUUAUCUCUGAAUUCAAAGACUGACUUGGAAUUUGAAUAGAAAUAAAUUGAAUUUACAGGGAGAGAGAAUUCAAUAAAAAUUGAAUUUGUGGAAUUAACCCUGAUGUAUAGUCAUACUGUACAAAUGAAUGCAUGCACACAGACACCGACACACACAGACACCGACACACACAGACACCGACACACACAUUGGAUUAUGAGUCCACUUCAUACGUCUUCAUCUACCUCCUCAGAGAGGUCAAGUUAUCGCACACUAUCGUUCAGUUAAAUAACCCUUUAUCAAUGUCUCUCCAUGUGCACAGCGGUGAAGUUUGGCCGUAUGUCCAAGAAGCAGAGAGACAGCCUGUAUGCUGAGGUCCAGAAGCACCGUCUACAGCAGGCCCAGCAGAGAGACCACCACCCCCACCACAACCCCCAGAACCCGGGGGAGGCCGUGCCCCUCUCUCCCCCCUACGGCCUCACCGACCUCCACGAAGACCUGGGAGGGUACAUGGAGGAACACAGUCCUGAGGGGGGCAACUGCCCAGCCUCCAAGGGGGGCUCUGACUCAGGAGGAGUGGUGGGGUUCUACCUGGAUAUUCAGCCGUCUCCCGAUCAGUCUGGUCUGGAUAUUAACGGUAUAAAACCGGAGCCUCUGUGUGAUUAUGGUUCCAACCAGGGUUUUUUCCCCUACUGUUCCCUCACCAACGGAGAGACGUCUCCCACAGUCUCUAUGGCUGAGCUAGGUGAGUGGAGAGAGGGGGAGGGAGGGAGGGAGGGUGGGAGAGGGGGGGAUGGAGGGAGGGAGGGAGGGAGGGAGGGAGGGAGGGAGGGAGGGAGGGUGGAGGGGGGAAGAGGUGGAGAGAGGGAUAUGGAGGGAAAGGGAGAGACGUCUCCUACCUGGUCCAUGGCUGGGUUAGUGGAGGGAGGGAGGAGGGGAGGAGAAAGGGAUGGGAGACAGGGAGGGAGACAGGGAGGGAGGGAGGGGUUAAAGAGGGAAAGAACAGAGAAGAGAGAGAGAGGGAUAUAUAGGUAAAGAAAGAAAACGGAUGGGAAGAACAGAGAUGAGAGCCAACCCUGGGGCAAAACAACACCAAAGGUGGUUUAAAAUAGCAGGAGGCUGCAAACUCAUCUUCAGAGCUCAUUAGAACAUUGUCUGGUUAAUUAGUAUUGUGUUAAUUAGCUCCUAUUGAGAACCAGAGGGGCACAUGUACAGGGAAAUCAGUUAUUUACUCUCCCUUGAGCUCUCAGGAAGUGAUUUUCUUCUUUUAACAAAAGCGUUUAUCAUUAUGAUAUUCUCUUUCCCUUUCCUGUAGGAAAUAUGGCCCUUUGUUUUAAGUUAAAUUAGUGUAUGAACAUAUGUAGUAUUCUCUAUUGUAGAUCAUCCAGCACCAACAUAGUUAACAGAAUAGCAAAAUACUGUCUGGGUCAUGCCAGAAUAGUAAAAUACUGUCUGGGUCAUGCCAGAAUAGUAAAAUACUGUCUGGGUCAUGCCAGAAUAGCAAAAUACUGUCUGGGUCAUGCCAGAAUAGCAAAAUACUGUCUGGGUCAUGCCAGAAUAGCAAAAUACUGUCUGGGUCAUGCCAGAAUAGUAAAAUACUGUCUGGGUCAUGCCAGAAUAGCAAAAUACUGUCUGGGUCAUGCCAGAAUAGCAAAAUACUGUCUGGGUCAUGCCAGAAUAGUAAAAUACUGUCUGGGGUCAUGCCAGAAUAGCAAAAUACUGUCUGGGUCAUGCCAGAAUAGCAAAUACUGUCUGGGUCAUGCCAGAAUAGCAAAAUACUGUCUGGGUCAUGCCAGAAUAGUUCAAUACUGUCUGGGUCAUGCCAGAAUAGCAAAAUUACUGCUGGGUCAUGCCAGAAUAGUUCAAUACUGCCUGGGUCAUGCAGAAUAGCAAAAACUGUCUGGGUCAUGCCAGAAUAGCAAAAUAGCAAAAUAACUGUUGGGUCAUGCCAGAACAGUUAACAUGCGUCUGGGUCAUGCCAGAUUAGUUAAAUAUUGUCUGGGUCAUGCCAGGAUAGUCAAUACUGUCUGGGUCAUGCCAGAAUAGUUACAUACUGUCUGGGUCAUGCCAGAAUAAGUUAAAUACUGUCUGGGUCAUGCCAGAAUAGUUAAAUUACUGUCUGGGUAUGCCAGAAUAGCAAAAUGUGUCGGGGUCAUGCCAGAACAAUAGUUCAAUACUGUCGGGUUCAUGCCAGAAUAGUUUCAUACUGUCUGGGGUCAUGCCAGACAUAGUUAAAUAACUGUCUGUGUCAUGCCAGAAUAGUUCAAUACUGUCUAGGUCAUGCCAGAUGGCAACACUGACCUUGUCUGGGUCAUGCCAGAAUAAUGCAAUAACUGUCUGGGUCAUGCCAGAAUACUUCAAUAUUAUCUGGGUCAUGCCAGCAUAGCAAAAUACUGUCUGGGUCAUGCCAGAAUAGCAACCUGACCUGUCUGGGUCAUGCCAGAAUAGUUAAAUGUGUCUGGGUCAUGCCAGAAUAGUUAAAUACUGUCUGGGUCAUGCCAGAAUAGCAAAAUGCUGUCUGGGUCAUGCCAGAAUAGUUCAAUACUGUCUGGGUCAUGCCAGAAUAGUUAAAUGCUGUCUGGGUCAUGCCAGAAUAGUUAAAUACUGUCUGGGUCAUGCCAGAAUAGUUAAAUGCUGUCUGGGUCAUGCCAGAAUAGUUCAAUGCUGUCUGGGUCAUGCCAGAAUAGUAAAAUACUGUCUGGGUCAUGCCAGAAUAGUUAAAUACUGUCUGUGUCAUGCCAGAAUAGUUCAAUACUGUCUAGGUCAUGCCAGAAUAGUUCAAUACUGUCUGGGUCAUGCCAGAAUAGUUCAAUACUGUCUGGGUCUUGCCAGAAUAGCAAAAUACUGUCUGGGUCAUGCCAGAAUAGCAAAAUAGCAAAAUACUGUCUGGGUCAUGCCAGAAUAGUUAAAUGCUGUCUGGGUCAUGCCAGAAUAGUUAAAUAUUGUCUGGGUCAUGCCAGGAUAGUUCAAUACUGUCUGGGUCAUGCCAGAAUAGUUAAAUGCUGUCUGGGUCAUGCCAGAAUAGUAAAAUACUGUCUGGGUCAUGCCAGAAUAGUUAAAUACUGUCUGGGUCAUGCCAGAAUAGCAAAAUGCUGUCUGGGUCAUGCCAGAAUAGUUCAAUACUGUCUGGGUCAUGCCAGAAUAGUUCAAUACUGUCUGGGUCAUGCCAGAAUAGUUAAAUACUGUCUGUGUCAUGCCAGAAUAGUUCAAUACUGUCUAGGUCAUGCCAGAAUGGCAACCUGACCUGUCUGGGUCAUGCCAGAAUAAUGCAAUACUGUCUGGGUCAUGCCAGAAUACUUCAAUAUUAUCUGGGUCAUGCCAGCAUAGCAAAAUACUGUCUGGGUCAUGCCAGAAUAGCAACCUGACCUGUCUGGGUCAUGCCAGAAUAAUGCAAUACUGUCUGGGUCAUGCCAGAAUACUUCAAUACUGUCUGGGUCUUGCCAGAAUAGUUAAAUGCUGUCUGGGUCAUGCCAGAAUAGCAACCUGACCUGUCUGGGUCAUGCCAGAAUAGUUAAAUGUGUCUGGGUCAUGCCAGAAUAGUUAAAUACUGUCUGGGUCAUGCCAGAAUAGCAAAAUGCUGUCUGGGUCAUGCCAGAAUAGUUCAAUACUGUCUGGGUCAUGCCAGAAUAGUUCAAUACUGUCUGGGUCAUGCCAGAAUAGUUAAAUACUGUCUGUGUCAUGCCAGAAUAGUUCAAUACUGUCUAGGUCAUGCCAGAAUGGCAACCUGACCUGUCUGGGUCAUGCCAGAAUAAUGCAAUACUGUCUGGGUCAUGCCAGAAUACUUCAAUAUUAUCUGGGUCAUGCCAGCAUAGCAAAAUACUGUCUGGGUCAUGCCAGAAUAGCAACCUGACCUGUCUGGGUCAUGCCAGAAUAGUUAAAUGUGUCUGGGUCAUGCCAGAAUAGUUAAAUACUGUCUGGGUCAUGCCAGAAUAGCAAAAUGCUGUCUGGGUCAUGCCAGAAUAGUUCAAUACUGUCUGGGUCAUGCCAGAAUAGUUCAAUACUGUCUGGGUCAUGCCAGAAUAGCAACCUGACCUGUCUGGGUCAUGCCAGAAUAGUUCAAUACUGUCUGGGUCAUGCCAGAAUAGUUCAAUACUGUCUGGGUCUUGCCAGAAUAGUUAAAUGCUGUCUGGGUAAUGCCAGAAUAGUUCAAUGCUGUCUGGGUCAUGCCAGAAUAGCAAAAUACUGUCUGGGUCAUGCCAGAAUAGCAAAAAAAUGUCUGGGUCAUGCCAGAAUAGUUAAAUGCUGUCUGGGUCAUGCCAGAAUAGUUCAAUAUUGUCUGGGUCAUGCCAGAAUAGUAAAAUACUGUCUGGGUCAUGCCAUACUAGUUCAAUACUGUCUGGGUCAUGCCAGAAUAGCAACCUGACCUGUCUGGGUCAUGGUAAGUGUUGAUCAACCACCACCAUCAGUAACAGUAUAGAAUAGCAGAACAGUAGGGUUGGAAAAAUAUCCCUUUAUUGAAACAAUGUUGCUGUGUGUCACAGAUGUGAGCUCUGCCUAAAUGCUGACCCAUAUUCAACCCGUUUCACCCUACUGGGCAGAGACAAGCCAAGUGCAACUGUGCUGGAAAGAACAAUGUAAAAAAAUAUAUUAAAAAAAUCCAUCCAGUUUGGUUUGGGUCGGUACCAUAAUGUGAAAAUAAAAUAUCCAUCCAGUUUGGUUCGGGUCGGUACCAUAAUGUGAAAAUAAAAUAUCCAUCCAGUUUGGUUCGGGUCGGUACCAUAAUGUGAAAAGGGUACCACUGUGGUCCGUCCAGCUCUUGUAGUUGUACUUGACCAGUUCUGGUCCAGCUCUUGACGUUGUACAUGACCAGUUCUGGUCCAGCUCUAGAAGUUGUACAUGACCAGUUCUGGUCCAGCUCUUGACGUUGUACAUGACCAGUUCUGGUCCAGCUCUUGACUUUGUACAUGACCAGUUCUGGUCCAGCUCUAGAAGUUGUACAUGACCAGUUCUGGUCCAGCUCUUGACGUUGUACAUGACCAGUUCUGGUCCAGCUCUUGACGUUGUACAUGACCAGUUCUGGUCCAGCUCUUGACGUUGUCCUUGACCGGUUCUGGUCCAGCUCUUGACGUUGUACAUGACCAGUUCUGGUCCAGCUCUUGACGUUGUCCUUGACCAGUUCUGGUCCAGCUCUUGACGUUGUCCUUGACCAGUUCUGGUCCAGCUCUUGACGUUGUCCUGUUGCUCUAUCCUGUAGAACACCUGGGCCAGAACAUCUCCAAGUCCCACCAGGAUACGUGUCAGUACUUGAGGGAGGAGCUACAGAACAUGACCUGGCAGGCCUUCUUCCAGGAAGAGAUAGAUACCUACCAGACAAAGGUAAUAAUACACACUACCUAGUACACUACCUAGUACACUACUUAGUAUACUACACACUACCUAGUACACUACCUCUAGUACACUACCUCUAGUACACUACCUCUAGUACACUACCUAGUACACUACCUCUAGUACACUACAUAGUACACUACCUCUAGUACACUACAUAGUACACUACAUAGUACACUACCACUAGUACACUACCUCUAGUACACUACCACUAGUACACUACCUAGUACACUACCUCUAGUAAACUACAUAGUACACUACCUCUAGUACACUACCACUAGUACACUACCUAGUACACUACCUAGUACACUACCUCUAGUACACUACCUAGUACACUACCUCUAGUACACUACAUAGUACACUACCUCUAGUACACUACCUCUAGUACACUACAUAGUACACUACCUCUAGUACACUACCACUAGUACACUACCUAGUACACUACCUAGUACACUACCUCUAGUACACUACCUAGUACACUACCUCUAGUACACUACCUCUAGUACACUACAUAGUACACUACCUCUAGUACACUACCUCUAGCACACUACCUAGUACACUAUCGUCUACAGUCUUUCUUUUUUUUCUCUCCUCCUUGUUCUCCUCUCUCCCUCCUUCCUGUUUCUCCUUCCUACCUCUCCUGUUUAUCUCCUCUUCCUCCCCCCUCCUGUUGUUCUCCUCUCCUCCCUCCUUCCUGUUGUCUCCUCUCCUCCCUCCUUCCUGUGUUCUCUCUCCUCCUCCUUCCUCUUGUUCUCCUCUCCUCCUCCUUCCUGUUGUUCUCCUCUCUCCCUCCUUCCUGUUGUCUCUCUCCUCUCUGUUUCCUCCCUUCUGUGUUCUCCUUCUCCUCUCUGUUUUCUCCUCUCCUCCCUCUUCCUGUUGUUCUCCCUCCUCCCUCCUCCUUUUCUCCUCUCCUCCCUCCUCUUCCUUUGUUCUCCUCUCCUCCCUCCUUCCUGUUGUUUCUCCUCUCCUCCCUCCUUCCUGUUGUUCUCCUUCCUCCCUCCUCCUGUGUUCUCCUCUCCUCCCUCCUUCCUGUUGUUCUCCUCUCCUCCCUCCUUCCUGUUGUUCUCCUCUCCUCCCUCCUUCCUGUUGUUCUCCUCUCCUCCCUCCUUCCUGUUGUUCUCCUCUCCUCUCCUCCCUCCUGUUGUUCUCCUCUCCUCCCUCCUUCCUGUUGUUCUCCUCUCCUCUCCUCCCUCCUGUGGUUCUCCUCUCCUCCCCUCCUUCCUUCCUGUUGUUCUCCUCUCCUCCCUCCUUCCUGUUGUUCUCCUCUCCUCCCUCCUUCCUGUUGUUCUCCUCUCCUCUCCUUCCUCCUGUGGUUCUCCUCUCCCCCCUCCUUCCUGUUGUUCUCCUCUCCUCCCUCCCUCCUUCCUGUUUGUUCUCCUCUCCUCCCUCCUUCCUGUUGUUCUCUCUCCUCCUCUCCUCUCCCUCCUGUGGUUCUCCUCUCCUCCCUCCUUCCUGUUGUUCUCCUCUCCUCCCUCCUUCCUGUUGUUCUCCUCUCCUCCCUCCUUCCUGUUGUUCUCCUCUCCUCCCUCCUUCCUGUUGUUCUCCUCUCCUCCCUCUCCUUCCUGUUGUUCUCCUCCCCUCACACAUCUUAGGCCUUUGUCACCCUCUCUCUCUCUCUCUCUCUCUCUCUCUCUCUCUCUCUCUCUCUCUCUCUCUCUCUCUCUCUCUCUCUCUCUCUCUCUCUCUCUCUCUCUCUCUCAAUUUCAAUUCAAGGGCUUUAUUGGCAUGGGAAACGUGUGUUAACAUUGCCAAAGCAAGUGAAGUAGAUAGUAAACAAAAGUGAAAUAAACAAUAAAUAUUAACAGUAAACAUUACACUCAGAAGUUUCAAAAGAAUAAAGACAUUUCAAAUGUCAUAUUAUGUAUAUAUACAGUGUUGUAACAAUGUGCAAAUAGUUAAAGUACAAAUGGGAAAAUAAAUAAACAUAAAUAUGGGUUGUAUUUACAAUGGUGUUUGUUCUUCACUGGUUGCCCUUUUCUUUUCUCUCUCUCUCUCUCUGUUACUAGCAUCAACAAUUAUCCCCCUUUUAACAUUGUUGUUGUUGUUGAUGUCAGCCGGAGGAGGUGAUGUGGCAGCUGUGUGCCAUCAAGAUAACAGAGGCCAUCCAGUACGUGGUGGAGUUCGCCAAACGCAUCGACGGCUUCAUGGAGCUCUGUCAGAACGACCAGAUAGUGCUGCUCAAAGCAGGUAGACAAAAUGAUGGAACAUCUAAUAAUGACAACGCAUGAUAAUCAACCCCAUAUCUAUGUACUGUCUACUUCUAUAAGAAAGGUGCUUUGGUUACACAAGGACAUGCUGUUGUCUCUCCAACCUGUUGUGUUGAUAUUGUGUUGUCUUUACAACAUAAAGUAAUGCUGAGGUUGUCUCUCUGACCUGUAGUGAUGGUUAUGUUAUGUUGUCUCUCUGACCUGUAGUUAUGGUUAUGUUAUGUUGUCUCUGACCUGUAGUGAUGGUUAUGUUAUGUUGUCUCUCUGACCUGUAGUGAUGGUUAUGUUAUGUUGUCUCUGACCUAUAGUGAUGGUUAUGUUAUGUUGUCUCUCUGACCUAUAGUGAUGGUUAUGUUAUGUUGUCUCUCUGACCUGUAGUGAUGGUUAUGUUAUGUUGUCUCUGACCUGUAGUGAUGGUUAUGUUAUGUUGUCUCUCUGACCUGUAGUGAUGGUUAUGUUAUGUUGUCUCUCUGACCUGUAGUGAUGGUUAUGUUAUGUUGUCUCUGACCUGUAGUGAUGGUUAUGUUAUGUUGUCUCUCUGCCCUGUAGUGAUGGUUAUGUUAUGUUGUCUCUGACCUGUAGUGAUGGUUAUGUUAUGUUGUCUCUCUGACCUGUAGUGAUGGUUAUGUUAUGUUGUCUCUCUGACCUGUAGUGAUGGUUAUGUUAUGUUGUCUCUGACCUGUAGUGAUGGUUAUGUUAUGUUGUCUCUCUGACCUGUAGUGAUGGUUAUGUUAUGUUGUCUCUCUGACCUAUAGUGAUGGUUAUGUUAUGUUGUCUCUGACCUGUAGUGAUGGUUAUGUUAUGUUGUCUCUGACCUGUAGUGAUGGUUAUGUUAUGUUGUCUCUCUGACCUGUAGUGAUGGUUAUGUUAUGUUGUCUCUGACCUGUAGUGAUGGUUAUGUUAUGUUGUCUCUCUGACCUGUAGUGAUGGUUAUGUUAUGUUGUCUCUCUGACCUGUAGUGAUGGUUAUGUUAUGUUGUCUCUCUGCCCUGUAGUGAUGGUUAUGUUAUGUUGUCUCUCUGACCUGUAGUGAUGGUUAUGUUAUGUUGUCUCUCUGACCUGUAGUGAUGGUUAUGUUAUGUUGUCUCUCUGACCUGUAGUGAUGGUUAUGUUAUGUUGUCUCUCUGACCUGUAGUGAUGGUUAUGUUAUGUUGUCUCUCUGACCUGUAGUGAUGGUUAUGUUUAUGUUGUCUCUCUGACCUGUAGUGAUGGUUAUGUUAUGUUGUCUCUGACCUGUAGUGAUGGUUAUGUUAUGUUGUCUCUCUGACCUGUAGUGAUGGUUAUGUUAUGUUGUCUCUCUGCCCUGUAGUGAUGGUUAUGUUAUGUUGUCUCUCUGACCUGUAGUGAUGGUUAUGUUAUGUUGUCUCUCUGACCUGUAGUGAUGGUUAUGUUAUGUUGUCUCUGACCUGUAGUGAUGGUUAUGUUAUGUUGUCUCUCUGACCUGUAGUGAUGGUUAUGUUAUGUUGUCUCUGACCUAUAGUGAUGGUUAUGUUAUGUUGUCUCUCUGCCCUGUAGUGAUGGUUAUGUUAUGUUGUCUCUCUGACCUGUAGUGAUGGUUAUGUUAUGUUUUCUCUCUGACCUGUAGUGAUGGUUAUGUUAUGUUGUCUCUCUGACCUGUAGUGAUGGUUAUGUUAUGUUGUCUCUCUGACCUGUAGUGAUGGUUAUGUUAUGUUGUCUCUCUGACCUGUAGUGAUGGUGAUGUUAUGUUGUCUCUCUGCCCUGUAGUGAUGGUUAUGUUAUGUUGUCUCUCUGACCUGUAGUGAUGGUUAUGUUAUGUUGUCUCUCUGACCUGUAGUGAUGGUUAUGUUAUGUUGUCUCUCUGACCUGUAGUGAUGGUUAUGUUAUGUUGUCUCUCUGACCUGUAGUGAUGGUUAAGUUAUGUUGUCUCUCUGACCUGUAGUGAUGGUUAUGUUAUGUUGUCUCUCUGACCUGUAGUGAUGGUUAUGUUAUGUUGUCUCUCUGACCUGUAGUGAUGGUUAUGUUAUGUUGUCUCUCUGACCUGUAGUGAUGGUUAAGUUAUGUUGUCUCUCCUCAGGGUCUCUUGAGGUGGUGUUCAUCAGGAUGUGUCGUGCCUUUGACUCUCAGAACAGCACCGUCUACUUUGAUGGGAAAUACGCCGGGACCGAUGUCUUCAAAGCAUUAGGUAAAUCAGAAUACAACCCAGCAGAACACUUCUAUCCCCUUGGAUCUGUUUUUUGAGGUUCAGCAGUUUCAGAACCAUUGAUUUAAUUGGAGAUGAAGUUGGUUGUUAUUAUUAGGGACUCUUUUUGACUACCUCUGACUGAAUGGCUGGGCCACUAGGAUAUGAUGAGAUAUGAUUAGACUGACUGUACUCCAAAGCAAUGCAUGUCAGGUGACGUCUGUUCAGAUCCUGAUAUCCUGCUCUGUGUCCUAUGCUGUUGUGAUGAUCUGACCCACAUAACUUCUCCUGUCUCUCUGUCUGUCUGACAGGUUGUGAUGAUCUCACCCACAUAACUUCUCCUGUCUCUCUGUCUGUCUGACAGGUUGUGAUGAUCUGACCCACAUAACUUCUCCUGUCUCUCUGUCUGUUUGACAGGUUGUGAUGAUCUGACCCACAUAACUUCUCCUGUCUCUCUGUCUGUCUGACAGGUUGUGAUGAUCUCACCCACAUAACUUCUCCUGUCUCUCUGUCUGUCUGUCAGGUUGUGAUGAUCUGACCCACAUAACUUCUCCUGUCUCUCUGUCUGUCUGACAGGUUGUGAUGAUCUGACCCACAUAACUUCUCCUGUCUGUCUGUCUGUCAGGUUGUGAUGAUCUGACCCACAUAACUUCUCCUGUCUGUCUGUCUGUCAGGUUGUGAUGAUCUGACCCACAUAACUUCUCCUGUCUCUCUGUGUGUCUGACAGGUUGUGAUGACCUGAUCCGGUUAGUCUUUGAGUUUGGGAAGAGUAUGUGCGUCAUGCAUCUCUCUGAGGAUGAGAUCGCACUGUUCUCAGCAUACGUCUUGAUGUCUGCAGGUAGGCGUGAGGACUCUCUGAAUACAUUAAAUGCUGUCAUGUUUACUAUGCAAGGUGCAAGCACAUAUCUACAAUCACAAUACACACAGCAUCCCUGUGUCAGUCCUAGAGCAUCUCUGGGUUAUUAUCAUCCAAUGUUGCAUUGUUAAACAAAUGGUGUGUGCAGAUCGGACAUGGCUUCAGGAGAAGGUGAAGGUAGAGAAGCUGCAACAGAAGAUCCAGCUGGCUCUCCAACAUGUCCUUCAGAAGAACGGCAGAGAGGACGUGGUUCUCACUAAGGUAAACACACACACACACACACACGCAUACAAUAUAUGCAAUUACUAUACACCAGGAUUGGGCUCGAUUCCAUUUCAAUUCCAGUCAAUGUGGAAAGUAAACCGAAUUCCAAUUCCAUAGUUUCCUAAUUGAAGAGAAAUUCCCUUCCCGAGUGGCGCAGUGGUCUAAGGCACUGCAUCGCAGUGCUAGCUGUGCCACUAGAGAUCCUGGUUCGAAUCCAGGCUCUGCUGUAGCCGGCCGCAACCGGGAGACCAAUGGGGCGGCGCACAAUUGGCCCAGGGUAGGGGAGGGAAUGGCCGGCAGGGAGGUAGCUCAGUUGGUAGAGCAUGGCGUUUGCAACGCCAGGGUUGUGGGUUCGUUUCCCACGGGGGGCCAGUAUAAAAAUAAUAAUGUAUGCACUCACGGUAAGUCGCCCUGGAUAAGAGCGUCAGCUAAAUGACGUAAAUGUAAAUGAAUUGAAAAUGGAAUUGAGCCCCAACCCUGCUUGCACUGUACUGCUAUAGAGUAGAUACUGUCUGUGUUCAAGCGUUCUUUAAAUGAUAGUGCUCUCGGUAUAGCCUACUUGAUCUAUGAAAUCUAAUCCUGAACUGAACAGGCAUUGGGAUUUCAGUCGCAUCACCACUGUAACAUAACCAUCACUCCUGAAGACACACUCAGACAGUGCCCUGGUCUUUACGGAAAUGUGAAAGUCCUUUCUGUCUGUCAGAAUUUCUGAAUGUGACCUAGCAGUGCUUGAAUCCCAAUAACCUCUCUCUCUCUCUCUCUCUCUCUCUCUCUCUCUCUCUCUCUCUCUCUCUCUCUCUCUCUCUCUCUCUCUCUCUCUUUCUCUCUCUCUCUCUCUCUCUCUCUCGCUCUACAGUUGAUAUGCAAAGUGUCAACCCUGCGGGCGUUAGUCAGCCGUCAUACAGAGAAGCUGACGGCCUUCAAAGCAACCUACCCAGACGUCGUCCAAGCCCACUUCCCUCCACUAUACAAGGAGCUGUUCGGCUCAGACGUAGAACAGGGCUCCGUGUCCAUAGACGGCUAGCCGGGGA